AGGUGUUGAUUGGUUGUUUUGAUUGGUAAGGAAACGCAAGGCGCUCAAGUGGUCUGUUUUGUGUUUGUAGGUAAUACGGCAGACAUUUAUGAUAUAAUAUAAAUAAAUACUAUUUACCUACCGACACAGUGGAGAAAAUUCCUGAUAUUGGACCCAUUUGUAUUUGCAUUUCCACAAGUCGUGACACUAUUUAGAAAUGGGCUGUUUCUUUUCUAAGAAAUCCAAAAGAAAAUCAUCCAAAAAGGAUCUUACUCCCCCGACGACAGAAAACACGACUAACAAUGCGGCCAGCGACAACGUUGAAGAGGCACCAAAGUACAGCUGGGACAAGCGAGAGAAGGUGGACCCUAAGGACUUCAUGCUGACGGGACUCAAGGAUGCUACAGUUGGCCGCCUACCGGGUAAACUCAACGGGCAGCAGUUUGUCAUACAGGAGUGUGAGAACUGCAGCAUCUUCAUCUUGGACCACUCGGCCACCAUCACGAUUGACGACUGCGUCAACUGCCGCGUGGUGCUGGGCCCCGUCAAGGGCAGCGUCUUCUUCCGAGACUGCAAGGAGAUUAAGUGCGUGGUGGCGUGCCAGCAGUUCCGCACCCGCGACUGCAAAAAGAUGGAGGUGUUCCUGUGCUGCGCCACCCAGCCCAUCAUCGAAUCCUCCACGGGCAUGAAGUUCGGCUGCUUCCAGUACCACUACCCCGAGCUGGCCGCCCACUUCAAGGACGCCGGGCUGAGCGUCUUCAACAACAACUGGAGCAACGUGCACGACUUCACUCCGGUUUCCGGGGAGACCAACUGGAGCCUGCUUCCCGAGAACACCUCGGUGCUGGACUGCGUCCCCCCGCCGGACAACGAAUCCGAGUUCGGGUCCGUGCGCGUCUCCGCCGACGCCCAGCAGAGCGUCGUGCCCCUGACCCACGGCGGGAGGCGUAAGGUCAGCGAGGAGUCCUGCCUCUGCAUGUUCUUCGCUGGGGAGCACACGGCCGCCAACGCCAGGAAACUCAUCCAUGAGGCGACACAGAAGGGGUUUGUUCUCAUUCAAACCAAGGAGGUUUCAAUGCGCCCUGAAGACGUCAAAAGGGUGUUCCACAACAAUGCGGACGAGCUCACGGAGUUGAUAACUAAAGGUCCUGUUGUGGCUCUGGAGUUGAACGGAGAUGGUGUGGUGGAGGCUUGCCGGAAAAUUUCCAGUGAAGUCUUCAAUGGAACCAAGCUUUUUGUUUCAGAAAACAGGAAUUCGUCCUCAGCCGAUGUGGACAACUUCUUCAAUUUUGCGGACAUGCAAAUGGGAUUAUGAAACUCUGAAACCUGGAAGGAAAAAUUCAGUAUCUGAUUUUUUGUGUAUACAUUUGAGGCCAAAAGUUUACAUACACCUAAGCUAAAGAUAUUCAGUUUUUCACAACUCCGCACAUUUCAUGGUGCAAUACAUUUCUUUUGGCUAGUCAAUUUGGGCAUCUACUUUGUUCACAUCAGAGGUAAUUUUAAAACAAUCAAUUAGAGGCAGAUUUAUUUCAGCUUUAAUUCACUAUAUCAGAAUUACUGUGGGUCAAAAGUUUACAUACACCAACUUGACUGUCUCUUUAAGCAGUCUGGAAGAUUCCAGAAAUUGAUAUAAUGACUUUUUAGAAGCUUCUGAUUGGCCAAUUGUCAUAAUUAGGAGUUAAUUGGGAGUUAAUUGACACCUGUGGCUGUAUUACGGGCCAACCUUUAGAGGACUGCCGUUUUGCCCUUGAUAUAAUGGGAAAGCAACUCAGCCAAGAACUCCGAAAAAAAUUUGUGGACCUCCACAAGUCCGGUUCCUCCAUGGGAGCAAUUUCCAAACAACUGAAGGUACCAUGACAACUGUUGUAUGCAAAUAUAAAAUCUUGGGACCACACAGGCACUGCAUCAUUCAGGAAGGAAGCACAAAUGAACCCCCAGGGCUGAAUGAACUUCGGUUCAAAAGGUUCAACUGAACCCCAAGACAACAGCAAAGGAACUGGUGAAGGAGUUUGAGGCAUCAGGUACGAAAGUAUCUACAUCCAUCAUUAAGAGAAUCCAACAUUGCCAUGGCCUGAAAGGCUGUCGCACAAGGAGGAAGCUCCUACUCUAAGACCGGCAUAAAAAAGCGAGAAUGAAGUUUGCAGGUGAUCACCUGGACGAAGACCUAGCCUUUUGGAGGAGUGUUCUCUGGUCAGAUGAAACAAAAAUUGAACUGUUUGGCCAUGAUGAUCAGCACUAUGUAUGGAGGAAAAAGGGUGAGGCUUUUAAUCUGAGGGAACGCCAUUCCGACUAAAGCAUGGGGGAGGCAGCAUCAUGUUGUGGGGGUGUUUUGCUAGAAGAGGGACUGGUGCACUUCAGAAAAUAGAUGGCAUCAUGAGGAAGGAGGAUUAUCUAGAAAUACUGAAGGAACACCUCAAGACAUCAGCUGGAAAGUUAAAACUUGGUCGCAACUGGGUCUUCCAGCAGGACAAUGAUCCUAAGCAUACCUCCAAAGUUGUAACAAAAUGGCUUAAAGACAACAAAAUGAAAGUAUUGGAGUGGCCAUCACAAAGCCCUGACCUGAAUCCCAUAGAAAAAUUGUGGACUGAACUGAAAAAGCGUAUCUGAGCAAGGAGGAUCACAAACCUGACUGAGUUUCACCAGUUCUGUCAAGAGGAAAGGGAAAAAAUUCUGGCAAAGUAUUGUGAGAAGCUCGUGAAAGGUUACCCCAAGAGUUUGAUUCCAGUAAAGCAAUUAAAAGGCAAUGCCACCAAAUACCAAGAAAGUGUAUGUAAACUUUCAACCCACUGGAAAAUAUGAUAUAGUACAUAAAAGCUGAAAUAGAUCUGUCUCUUAGCUAUUAUUUUGAAAUUACCUCUUAUGGAAAUAAAAUAGAUACCCUAAUUGACUUUACACAGGAAAUGUAUAGUAACAUGAAAUGUGUGGAGUUGUGAAAAAUUGAGUUUGAAUGUAUUUAGCCUAGGUGUAUGUAAACUUUUGGCCUCAACUGUAUAUUUUAAAUGCCAGUAUUCUGAACGGCAGCCGUUCAUAUGAAUUCCAUUUAACCAUUUACUGAAUUUAAAAUAAUCAGACAAGUAGGAUGCAAAUAGUUUUGUUAUAUGUAAUUGCACACAGUUUGUCAUUAAUUGAAUGUAAACUUUGGUACAGUGCUCUAUUUUGUUAGAUGUACAUUUGCUUUUAAAUGUCAGUUUCAUGUCCACUGGUGAGUGUCUUCACACUUUCCUUAAUAAUGAAUUGCAAAUGGAUGCGUUUACUCCAGUUUACUGGAGCCACCAUUUUGUUUCAGUCCUUUUUUAACAUAUUAUUGACCAUUUCCAGCUAUUUGUUGAGUAUGACAUACGUAAGACAUUGUUUUUGUGUUUUGGCAGUGUACAAAAAAAUCAGUUUUGUAUAGCAUAUCUUCAGAUGUAUACUUUUUUGCAUUUAUACAGCAUUUGUAUUUGUCAUAUUUAUGUAACUAGAGUAAAAAUGUAUUGGGUUAUAAAUAUUUAAAGUGUUUGCCUUCCGUACAGAUUUUAGUCAACAUUUUUGGAUCAGUACCUGUACUCCUAAUUUUAGGCAGUUUUAUUGCUCUAAUAGGUGAUAGGCCCUAUGAAUUGGUUUUAUUUAGAAAUAAGUUCUUUUUUAUUUCUAGUAUUGCUUGUUCCCAGUCUGUAUUAUUUUUCUUGUGUCAAAAUUUUGUCUGUAUUUAGUCAUUUGAUUUUUUUAAUUGAAACAAGUUUGAAUUCAUAGUUCAGUUUGCACUAAUUUGUAAUGAACUUUUGUUUCACUUUGAAGGGUCAAAUUUGACAACAGUUUAAAUGUAAAUUUAUGGUUUCGUUUGAAAAGAAUACUUUUAGCUGACGCAUAAUUUCUACGAGAUCUAUGUCGGAGAACAUUGCAUUAGCACGUCACAAGUAGACCAAGUUCACAUUGCUACAUUUGUACACUUAAGAAUCAUGUUGGGCUUUUGUAUUUUUGUUUCAUAUUUGUAUAGAUGUAUUUUGUAGAACUGAAUGUAAAGUGUGAUAAACAACUGUUUCUGUCA